AUGGAGAUUGAAAGCAUGGUAGCAAACAAUGCUCUUGUUAGAGCCAGAGAAGGUGAGAGUGAUAAAGGCCGAAGCUGGAAAUGGAAAGAGAUGCUUCGCUUUCCUCACAUUAACCAGUGUAUGGACCUGGCCAUGAACAUCGAACGAGACUACUACAGUCUGUGUGUGAAGCAGCCGAUCGGCAAGAAACUGUUUCAGCUCUUCUGCCGUAGUCGCCCCUACCUGCAGAACUACAUCUCCCUCCUGGACGCUUUGGACACUUUUGAGACAAAGUGUGACGAGGAGAGGAGAGACUUUGGUAUCAGCAUCAUUCAGAGAUUCCUCCGGAGUCAGUCCACUCAGUGUGUGUCCAUCGUGCUGAAGUAUGAGCAGAGCUGCAUCGAAAAUCUGGAGUACGAUCCCUGUGGAGACGUUUUUCAUGACUGCAGAGCAUAUUUAAAUAGAUACCUCAGUGGAGAGCCCUUCAGCCAGUACCAGGAGAGCAUGUUCUUUGACCGUUUCCUGCAGUGGAAGAUGGUGGAGAGGCAGCCCAUCACCAAGAAUAUGUUUAGACAGUACAGACUGCUGGGGAAAGGAGGGUUUGGAGAGGUGUGGGCUUGUCAGGCUCGAGCCACAGGAAGGAUGUACGCCUGCAAGAAGCUGGACAAGACCCACGUGAAGAAGAGGAGAGGGGAGGGAAUGGCUCUCAACGAGAAAGAGAUACUGGAGUCGCUGGACAGUCGAUUUGUGGUGAAUCUGGCGUACGCUUAUGAAACCAAACACGCCCUUUGUAUGGUUCUGACCAUGCUGAGCGGAGGAGACUUGAGAUUUCACAUUUAUAACAUCGGAGCGCCCGGCCUGGAUGUAGAACGAGUCCAGUUCUACGCUGCAGAAGUCUACUGUGGUUUAACCCACCUCCACCAGAAGUCCAUAGUGUACAGGGAUCUGAAACCAGAAAACAUUCUCCUGGAUGACAACGGACACAUCCGCAUCUCUGACCUGGGCCUGGCUGUGAGGCUGUAUGAAGGGGAACUGGUACGAGGCAGAGUGGGAACGCUGGGAUAUAUGGCUCCUGAGGUGAUCGGUAACGAGUAUUAUGGGAUGAGCGUGGACUGGUGGGGCCUCGGCUGCCUGCUUUACGAGAUGACCGCAGGGAAGCCGCCGUUCAGAGGGCACGGAGAACACCCGAGAGCCUUAGAGAUGGAGAGACGGAUUCAUGACGACCAGGAGGAGUACGAUGACAAGUUCAGCAAACCAGUGAAGAGCCUCUGCUCGGCCUUGUUGUGCAAGGACCCGAAUCAGAGGCUGGGCUCAGAAGGAGGAAUGGCAAUCCAGUCGCAUCCCUUCUUCAGAAAUCUCAACUUCAGGAUGUUGGAGGCGGGACUUGUUGAGCCGCCGUUUAAACCUGAUCCCAGACUGGUUUACUGCAGCGACGUUCAGGACAUCGAGGAGUUCUCCAUCGUUAAAGGAGUCAUUCUGGACCAAAGAGACGACAACUUCUACUCCAAGUUCAACACCGGCAGCGUUCCCAUAACCUGGCAGAACGAGAUCAUAGAGACGGGAUGUUUCAAGGAGCUCAACGUUUUUGGCCCUCAGGGGUCUCGGCCUCCAGACCUGGACUACUCCCAGACCCCUGAGAUCCCCAAACGCAGCCUGCUGCAACGAAUCUUCCGCAGACACAACCAUCCAGAGCCGUCAGAUGAGAGCAGGCAGGCUUUGGUGCCCAACGGGACCUUGGUGACGUCAGGUCUGCUCAGCACGGCCCUCUGA